AGCAAAUUUGGGCGGGAAAUGGGAAAAGUAAUUUCUGAGUCACAGCAGUCGGUAGAGAAUAGAGAUCAAACCUUGUGUGCUCAAUUUCAUGGAGAAAUUCUUAGACCCUGCAGCAACUACGCUUUUCGACAAAACCAAGUCGGUGAAACGGUGCCCAUGGAAGAGAAGUCUCGUGGAAUUAAACGGAAGAGCGGAUCCCAAUUAUCGCCAUUAUAUCUCUACUCUUAUAAUUGAUUCGUAUUCUAAGAAAGGAGCAUUUCCUCAUUAUUAUCAUGUCUAUGGGGAGCCUUGCCAGACCCACGUUUGUUGGUUUAUGAACGCCAGAUUGGGAGAUUACUCGAGUUCAAGGUCGACGUGCAAAAAUAAAGACUUCUCCUUACCUGUAACAUCUGAAAAUAUGUUUUUAGUUAAUCUAUAUACUUUAUUUAUUUAUUUAUUCAUUUUCAGGCAAGGUAUUUCAUCAGUUGAAUUUGACUCAAAGGGUGUGUACUUGGCAUCAGUAACAAAAUCAGGUUGCUUAACUGUUCAUGACUUUGACAAUAUUCGUAGUCCAGAUUCGAAAGAAGAUGAAGAUAAGCAGUUGCUGCACAUUUCUACAUCUCAACAAAUUGAUGUUGUUAAGUGGAACCUUGCUAAUCAAGAUGAGAUUGCGUGUACAUCAAUGAGAAGCAGUGAGAUUCAUAUUUUUGAUAUUGGGUACAUCUCAUCUGAACCUGUUGAAGUACUGAGGAAGAGACCCAAUAUCACUGUCCAUGGGUUAAAUGUCCACAAAGGCUUUUCUGACAUUGCCUUUUCAUCUGAUGACAAUUCGAGGUUGCUUGCUUCGGAUACUAGUGGUGUAAUUAAUAUAUGGGAUAGAAGAGUUAGUGAUCGUCCAUGUUUGGAACUCACCACAAAUUCAACUGGCUUGCUUAAUAGCAUCAAAUUGAGCAGGGAUAAUGAGAUUGUUUUUGGAGCUAGCAAGCAGGGAAGUAUAUUUAUCUGGGAUCUACGUGGAGGGAGGUCAUUAUCCACUUUCAAAAACCAUAAAGAGGAAUAUCAUUCUCCUUUGAUAACUGUGAAGUUGGCGCCUGAGUUGGCAAAAAUAUCACCUCUUAAGGCUCAAUCAAGCAUUGUUCCAAAGGAAAUACACUCAAUUGACAUCAAUCCAUCUUGCCCUUACCAACUAGCAUUUCAUCUUGAUGAUGGAUGGUCGGGUGUCCUGGACACCAACAGGCUUCAAGUGACCCACAUUCAUUGCCCUCCACCUCCAUGGCUGGAUGAGCCAAAUGAUUUCGCCAAUCUUUCGUACUUGAGAAAGCCAUGUUGGCUUCCUUUCAACUCGAUCUAUGCAGUUGGAUCACUAUCCAGUGAUGGCCUUUAUCUUCUGGAUUUCUAUCCAGAUUCUACGUCCCCUUGUCACGUGGAUUACAAGGAGGAUAUGCAAAGUGGUGAAAAAGCAAGCAUCCGCCUUAAGCAAAACAGACAUUUACCAUUGUCUGAAAGUGUUACUGCAUGUGCUGCCCAUCCUUUGGAUGGCACCAUUGUUGCUGGAACUAAGCUGUCAUCGUUGCUCGUGAUUUCCCAAUAGAAACGGGAGCUGUAGAUGAACUCUUAAGUUUUAUUACAAGUAGAAAUGUGAAGUACCUCAGUGGUUGCUGGAGUGAUACAAUUUUGAAACUGUAUUAGAAGUUUCAGACAGUGGAUUAGAAGAAAUGCGAGAAGACAUUGAUAUUACAGAAAAUUUAAACUUCUGUUAUUAGAGAUAUCAAAAUAUGAAAACCCAAAAGCAAGUGAAGAGUCAUAUAUAGAAACCGAAGUUCAACUUCAAGUAGUCUCUGGAACAUUACUAACAUUCAGUUAUCAUUUAAGUACUCACUCUAACAUCACAUGUGACCAUUUUCUUUGACACA